GGUGGCGAUAUACCACUUGUGCCGGGUGUGUGAUUACGCAUACUAGUAGCAGCGAACAAAAAAAAAAUUACUUUUUGAGCAGAAAGCGAGAGUGGGAAAAAUUAUUUUCACUAGAUGGGGUAAUUGUGCAUUUUUUACUUGAUUUUGGAUUUCGGAGGGGAUGGGGGAAGGAGAUUUUGUCAAAGUUGACCACACAGCACGCGACCGGAAAUUUGUAGCUGAGUGAUGAGUGUUCUUUUAUCCAUUGUGCCACUUUAUCUAGUUUACAUCUGUACAUGCAGAUUUCACAUACCGAUAAAUUUUAAACUACCUUGAUUUAAUACCACAAAAAUUAACUGUGCAUCAAGAGUCAUCUCAUCUGGAAUAUAAGUGAAUUCAAAAAAUGAAAAAAAAAGACACAGCAACUUGGAUAUCAGUCUAGUUUUAGUACUGACUGUGCUAAUAUCGUCGUCAACAACUUUGAAUAAUAAGGGAAUGAAGUUCAGAGUUUUUGUACCUCUGGACAAAAACAUUGGAUCAUGGAAAAAUCUUAAUGUCGUUCAUCAUGACCUUUUGAUAGGACUGCCCAUUAUCAACAUCCUUCAAUUUACUGUGGAAAGCAUCAUCGACAUUUACGAGGCAGUGGAAGCCGAAAAAAAUCAAGUGGAAAUCAUAAGCCAUUUUUCCAGUGUCGAAGAACAGUUGAGCGAUUUGAAGGAAGAACUUCAAACUAUAAUUAAAUUACUUGAGAAAAUGGGCAUAGCUCUUUGCUAUUAUCCUGACGAAAUAAAAAUAGGAAAAACCCAAAAACUCUUCAAGGGAUUUCUUGCAAAUUCAACCGAAGAAAAUUUGCAACUGUUUUUCAAAGAAGCCAGCGACCUUUACACAAAUAUUGAACACUUAAUGGACGGUCUACUAGGCAAUACUAAUGUGUUCUGUCCAUCUGGAGACAUUUUUGCCACCGUGCGUGACGCUACCGGAUGCGGCAUGCGUUUGAAAACUAAAAUCAAUGCCAUAAUGGGCCUUGUAAUGACAGGAGUAUGGUUAAGCGCCGAAUAUGAAAAGAUGUCGAGCACCAGUUCGUCAUUCAAAGAAUCCAUCCACAAUUCCUCCAGUCUGUUGCUUGAAAGACUAGAGACCGAAAUGCUCAAUUGUCAUCCGGAUGAGGACAACGUGCCCAACGAAAUGCGUGACGUAAUCAAAGAAUAUUGGACCCAAGGGCGAGAAGUCGUGACUGACGCCCUGCUUCAGUUUCUCGAAGACAAGUAUGAAACCAAGAAGUGGAUCGUUAUAGUUCUUCCAGAAACUGGAUCUCAAAGCGAUGUUUAUUCUGCUAUUUCGGGAGGAUUCCACUCAGUGAGUGAAAAGGGCAUGGCUGUGAUCGCCAUCUCCGUUGAUCGAGCAUUAAUUUUGGACUGGGUUCCUUUGAAAGAAUUCCGGUUGCCGAUCGAAACAGUGAACAAUAUUUUUCAAAUUCCUCCGGGCAUUGGAUUUUCUUUGAAACCAAAGAGAGCCGCCCGUGACGUUCACGAAUACCUGAGUCUAUAUUUAAAACCACUACGAAAUCAAAUUAUCAUCGAGUCAUUGGUUAUUCAAACACCUUGUCAAUCGUCAGAAGAAGAAAUGAAGAAAAUCGUUACUGUAGUAACUUCAAAUGGAACAGAAAACUCGCAAAUUAUUAAUGACCACGGAGGCUGUAUUGGUCACUUCAUUCUUAUUGUUCCAGUGAAUUCAAGCCAUAUUAAUUCAAGCUUAAUUGCUGAGCCAUCCAUCCAUCAGGAUUGUGUUAACCAAGUUGACUUUAACGCCAGCAAUCAAACCGGGCUUCUACGGAACGAGUUCGGUCAAGCCUAUCUGUCGGUGCUGGGAGACUCCAGCCAAGAAGCCGCGUCAAUUAUUUUGGAAUCGGAAUGGCGAAAUACCGCAGGACAGAGAUGGCGAUUUGUGGACAACCAAUUGAAAAAUGAUUUUGGCAAAUGCUUGACGGCCUGGGAUAUACAGUCGUGGUCCUUGUACCUUUAUCAAUACGAUUGCCAUUCUGACUGGGCUGGACAGAAAUGGUAUCGCCACGGUUUCCAAAUCGUCAACGGCUUUAACAUGUGCUUAUCUUAUAAGAGUUCAAAAAGUGGACUGAUGUACGUCGUUCAAGAUCUUUGCGAUUCAACUCCGCCUUUCUUGUGGUACAAUUGGGACAUGGCCUGCGAAGACGCAAUUGUUAUUCCCUCGUCUUCCGUCGAUGGCCGGCCACUUCGCAAUGAAUUCUCCAGAGAAUAUUUGAGCGUCUAUGAAGACGGCGUUUAUGUUUUCCACAAGCCGUGGAGUAACCAGCCGGGACAAAAGUGGAAGUUCAUCGAUGGUCAACUAAGAAACGAACGUAACAAAUGUUUGGUAGGGAAAGGUUGGUAUGUUCACCAAGUCGAUUGCGACGAUGCUAGCAGCCCUUCCAGCGCUAAAAAAUGGACCUUAAACGAAAAACGACAAAUUGUUAGUGCUAGUGGUUACUGCUUGAGCGUUGGCGACAAAUUUGGUUAUGUACUCAACAAUAAUUGCAAAGAUGAACCUGAAUAUCGUUGGUGGUACUAAUUCAUGUCGCCAGUAGUAUCCCAAAUUAUUCAACCCCGAUUAAUUUUUUGCAUACUUUUUCAUGAUCGGAAGAUUUUUCCAAUUAAAAUUGCCAAACUUAUAUCGCUCAAAUACACAGAUUCUGACUAUGGUUA